GAUCAUCAUUCUAGUGCAAGUGGUCAAACCGACAUGAAGUUCCAAUUGAUACUCCUCUCGACACUAUUCUUCAACCCAUCACGGGAAGAGGAUGCACCUCCAGUGCUGCAGUGUAAGCGACCAAAAUCGUCGAUUUGUACUCUGCAAGACGUACGCUAUGUGGAUUUUCGCUUGCCUUUACUGCCAAAUCUGGACGAUAAACGGACGGUACAAAUACGAAGCGGAGAAAUUCCGCGAUUUUCGAAAGAACUGUCUCUAAAGCUCAGCAACGUAACCACUGUUCAAUUAGGACACCUAAAAAUUCAAUCGCUUUGGCUGGGAUCAACGAUUCGUCACCUUAGUGCUGAGGGAAACCUCAUACAAACGCUGGUUGUGGAAGAAAAAGUGGCCGAUAAAAGCACUGAGGGAAAUGAAGCAGCGCUGGAAUUUCAGAUGGUAACUCUCAACUUAGAAAAUAACAAGUUGAGAAACAUUCGCGAAUUGAAAAGUUUUUCCUCCUUGGUGGAACUGUGCUUGGAUGGAAAUCAGCUCGAGUUUAUCGAGAUGGAAAUAUUUUCCAGCAUGAAGAAACUAAAAAAACUGUCGCUCGCUCGCAAUCGGAUUAGUAAAAUUAGUGCCAGUGAAUUAAUUGAACUACCGAGCCUCGGGUGGCUGUCAUUGGCGCAUAAUAAUCUCACAACGAUGGGUGUGAAAAAUUUCCGAAUGACACAUUUGGCCGAAUUGUACUUAAGUCACAACGACCUGGUUAAUCUGGAUAGCGAAAAUUUCGAUCAGUUUGUCAGUUUGGAAAAGUUGGCCAUCGCUAGCAACUCGUGGAGUUGCUAUUGGCUUGUUAAGGCUCUGAAGUUGAUCGAGAAAAAAUUUGUGACUCUGAUAGACCAAGAUCCAAACUGCGAAAUGAUGCUCAUAGAGGGUAUUUGUUGUAGUAUGACUGGAGUGACGGAUGAUUCGCCGAGUUUCGCUGAUUUGGCCGAAAGAAUUGCGGCUUUUGAGAAAUCUCAGAAUAUGAAGUUCAGUGAGCUUCAGCAACGGGUUGAAGAAGUUAAUCAGAAUUGGUUCGAGGAAUUGACAGUUCUGGAUGAAACGAUUGCUAGGAAGGAAGCCUACUUGAAAGAGUUGUUGGACCCCAACGAUGACAACCGAGUUUCGGAAGACGACAUUUCCAAGCUGCGCGAUUUGAUGGGAAAACUGGAAGAUAAAACGAACGAAUUGCAACAGUUGGGGGAAGCACAUUCCAAAGUUGCUCAGCAUUUUACGCAGUUGCUUUAUUCGACGUGGGAGCAGAAAAAUAAAUUGAUAUCACAUGGAAAAAAUAUUACGGAUCUGAAGAACGAAAUGGAGCGAUACAAAGACAGUUUUAGUGCUAAUUUUAUGUAAUUUUUCUUUGUAUUUACAACCACCGAAUUGCUAUUAAAAAAUUUUUUUUUUAAAUUUCCAAUUUUUGUAUACCAGAGUAAGCGCUAAUAAAGAAGAAGCAAUUAGAACAA